UCUUCCUUCUGCACAGAACCAGCCCACAGCCCCAAAACCAAUCAAAAAUGGCAUUCAAGUUCAUCUUCGCCCUCGCCUUCGUGGCCGUUGCCAGCGCCGGAUACGCAGUUCCCCAGGUCUAUCACGCUGGCCCAGCGGUGGCCACCUAUGCCCAUGCCGCUCCCGUUGCUGUGGCCCAGAAGGUGGUGGUGAAGGCUGCCGAGGAAUACGAUCCCCAUCCCCAGUACCGUUUCUCUUACGGAGUCGAUGACAAGCUCACCGGCGACAACAAGGAACAAGUGGAGGAGCGCGACGGAGAUGUCGUCCGCGGCGAGUACUCCCUGAUCGAUGCCGAUGGCUACAAGCGCACCGUCCAGUACACCGCCGACCCCAUCAACGGAUUCAACGCCGUCGUCAACCGCGUUCCCCUGGAGCAUGUCAAGACUGUGGUGAAGACCGUCGCCGCUCCCGUGGCCCACUACGCCGCACCCGCUGUUGCCCACUAUGCUGCCCCCGCUGUGGUCAAGACCGUGGCUCCCGCCUACCACACCUAUGCCGCCCCAGCUGUCGUCAAGACUGUUGCUCCCGUUGCCCACUACUCUGCUCCUGCUCAGUACACAUCGUACGCCGCUCCCGCUCCAGUGGCUCACUAUGCUGCUCCUGCUCAGUAUGCCUCCUAUGCUGCCCCCUCUGUCGCCUACCACCAUUAAGUUCCACACCUGCCAUUCCCCAUUCCCAUGCCCAUACCCCAUAUUGUUAUAGUUAUACGAAUGCCCCCUAAAAAUACACAACAAAU